AUGCAGGGGUCACGUGACCUAACGGCCGCGGGGCCUGAGGCCAACGUUUGCUCUGCGGGAACCAUGGAGAGUGCGGCGGUGGCGGACGAAGCCAAGCCCGACGUGGACACCGCGCAGGUGCUGCGGGACGUGGCCAACCGCCUGCGCGUCCAUUCCAUCCGGGCCACGAGUGCCUGCAGCUCCGGCCACCCCACGUCGUGCUGCAGCGCAGCCGAGAUCGUGUCCGUGCUCUUCUUCCACACGAUGAGGUACAAACAGGCAGAGCCCGAGCACCCCGACAACGACAGGUUCAUCCUCUCCAAGGGCCACGCCGCGCCGGUCCUCUACGCUGCUUGGGCGGAGGUGGGCGACAUCAGCGAGGCGGACUUGCUGAACUUGAGGACAGUUCACUCGGACUUGGAGGGACACCCCACCCCAAGACUGUCCUUCGUCGACGUGGCGACCGGAUCGCUCGGGCAGGGCUUAGGUGCAGCGUGUGGGAUGGCGUAUACCGGCAAGUACUUUGACAAGGCCAGCUACCGGGUGUUCUGCCUCCUGGGGGACGGCGAGUCCUCGGAAGGCUCCGUCUGGGAGGCCCUGGCCUUUGCCUCCCACUACAGCUUGGACAACCUCGUGGCGGUCUUCGAUGUGAACCGUCUGGGGCAGAGCGGCCCCACGCCCCUGGAGCACCGCACAGACACCUAUCGGAAACGCUGCGAAGCCUUUGGGUGGAAUACUUGCUUAGUGGAUGGCCACGAUGUGGAGGCCUUGUGCCAGGCGUUUUGGGAGGCCGCGCAAGUGAAGAACAAGCCCACGGCCGUCGUUGCAAAGACCUUCAAGGGCCGGGGUAUUCCAAACGUUGAGGAUGCAGAAAACUGGCAUGGAAAGCCGAUGCCGAAAGAAAGAGCAGAUGCGAUCAUCAGAUUAAUCGAGAGUCAGAUUCAGACCAAGAGGAACCUCAUAGCGAAACCUCCCGUUGAAGACUCACCUCAAAUCAGCGUCAGGAAUAUAAAGAUGACCUCCCUGCCUGACUAUAAACUUGGUGACAAGGUGGCUACUGAUAAAGCAUAUGGUUUGGCUUUGGCUAAACUGGGCCAUGCAAAUAAAAGGGUUAUUGUCCUGGAUGGUGAUACAAAGAACUCCACCUUUUCUGAACUAUUCAAGAAAGAACACCCUGAGCGUUUUAUCGAGUGUUUUAUGGCUGAGCAAAACAUGGUGAGUGUGGCGCUGGGCUGUGCCACACGGGGUCGAACCAUUGCUUUUGUCAGUACCUUUGCUGCCUUUUUGACCCGAGCAUUUGAUCACAUCAGGAUGGGAGCCAUAUCUCAAACUAAUAUCAAUCUUAUUGGUUCCCACUGCGGGGUAUCCACGGGUGAAGAUGGACCCUCCCAGACGGCCCUGGAGGAUCUAGCCAUGUUCCGAAGCAUUCCCAGUUGCACUGUUUUCUAUCCAAGCGAUGCCGUAUCGACAGAGCAUGCUGUUUAUCUGGCUGCCAAUACCAAAGGGAUGUGCUUCAUCCGGACCAGCCCACCAGAAACUGCAGUUAUUUAUACCCCACAAGAAAAUUUUGAAAUUGGGCAGGCCAAGGUCGUCCGCCACAGUGUCAAUGACAAAGUCACAGUAAUAGGAGCUGGAGUUACUCUGCAUGAAGCCUUAGCAGCUGCAGACCAUCUUUCUGAACAAGACAUUUCUAUCCGCAUCAUCGACCCAUUCACCAUUAAACCCCUGGAUGCUGCCACCAUCAUCUCCAAUGCAAAAGCUACGGGAGGUCGGGUUAUCACAGUGGAGGAUCACUACCGAGAAGGUGGCAUUGGAGAAGCUGUAUGUGCAGCUGUCUCUGGGGAGCCUGACAUCCUUGUUCAUCAGCUGGCAGUGUCAGGAAUCCCUCAAAGUGGGAAACCUAGCGAAUUGCUAGAUAUGUUUGGAAUCAGUGCCAGACACAUCGUAGAGGCUGUGAAAUAUACUUUAAUGAAUUAAGAUAGCUGUGUUCUUUAAAAGUCAGCCUGUUGGCUUUGGUCUUAAAACGCUGUUAAUAUUUAUAUUACAUUUGUGCUGGAUGUUACAAAACCGUCAUUUAUAUCAUUGUGCUUCUUUGAAAAAGCAUUUGACACCUUUCUUUAUUGCUAAUUCGGAAAUUCAAGUUAACUACCUUUCUGUUAAACUGUGACUAUACACACAAAUGUUACUCUCAUCUUUGAAUCAUUGAAGUAGGUUAUACUUUUUAAGUAACAGAAUAGUAAACAAAACAGCUACACCUAAUACAAAGCUUUCUGAUGUGACUAUAAAUGGGUUGGGAAUCAACUUAGAGGUAAUAGUUUCUUAAAUGUUUGUAAUUUCCUUGUAAGAAAAUAUGAGCUUAAUUGUAGGCUUCAGUAGCCCAGGUUUUGAAGCAAAUUUGAGGUUUCACAUAAUGCAGUCCUACCUGCAGCUUCCUAGAUAUUGUUUGACUGCAAUUGCCUUGGGAUUUCCUCAGAAGUUUGACCUCUUCUCUCCUCCAUAGUUUAGAAGCUGUAGAGCAGCAGUGAAGGUUCUUAUGAUAUACCACAUU